AUGGCGCAAAACCCGACAGACGAGCUCUUGCGACGGCCGCUAUAUGUUUAUGAUCUACCGCCCGAAAGCCUCGGAGGCUUGACUCUCAAGCCAGACGCAGAUGCCGUUGCCGAUGCCGAUGCCGAAGCCACGACGCCUCAUAAACAGACCUCAGAAGCAUCGCCUGAUGGAAUCGCCGGUUCGCAAACUUGUUCGCUGUGCAAGCUAUCCUUCGUUACGGUGCUCGACCAGCGCAGCCACAUCAAGUCCGAUUUGCACCACUACAACCUGAAGCAGAAGCUGCGAGGGCAGAGCGUCGUGACAGAAGCCGAAUUCGAGAAGCUGAUAGAGACUCUGGAUGAGUCGCUCUCUGGCUCCGACUCGGAAGAUACGGAGGAUGACGAGGAUGAAGGUCGCCAAGAGUCGACGCUGACGGCGUUGCUCAAGAAACAAGCAAGGCUAACAGAGAAGCGAAAUAAUAAUAAUAAUACCGAAGACGGCGAUGACGACGAAAUUGCAGGCCGGCCCGGCAAGGGCAAACCGCCGCUGAUAUGGUUCAGCUCGCCCUUGCUGCCGGAGAACUCAUAUUUCGGCAUAUAUCGAGCCAUAUUCUCCGAUGAAGAGCAGAGGCAGUCAGAUUUGGUCGACGUUAUCAGGAAGAAGCAGCUCGAGCCCAUAGCAAUGCCAAGGCCUGCCAAAGAUGGAACGCUGCCGCCAGUCGCGUACAAGGGGCCUCACUUCUUCCUCUGCAUGAUUGGAGGUGGACAUUUUGCAGCCAUGGUUGUCUCGCUGGCCCCACGAGCUGGAAAGGCUGGCAGCACGACGAUGAACAGAGAAGCCACAGUCCUCGCCCACAAGACCUUUCACAGAUAUACAACACGACGGAAACAGGGUGGCUCUCAGUCGGCCAAUGACAAUGCCAAGGGAAAGGCGCACUCUGUGGGCUCAUCUCUGCGUCGAUAUAACGAAACUGCUUUAGUUGAGGAUAUCCGCGCUCUUUUACACGACUGGAAGGGGCUUUUGGACACUUCAGAGCUAUUAUUCAUCCGAGCAACGGGAACGACGAACAGAAGAACAUUGUUUGGCCCUUACGAAGGGCAGGCUCUCCAGGCAAACGACGCUAGAAUACGAGGAUUCCCGUUUAGCACCAGGAGGGCUACUCAGAACGAGCUUAUGCGAUCCUUUAUCGAGCUGACUCGACUAAAAGUACGCGAAAUCGUGCCAGCAAAGGCUGAACCGAAAGAUUCAGAUAAAGCGGCACAAAGCAAGGCCUCGCCUAAGCCAGUGAAACCAGCUCUGUCAGAGGAGGAAGAAACAGCACUUCUCCACACGUCUCAGCUGCAAGCUUUUGUACGGCGUUCCAAGUUGCCGGCACUCCUAUCAUAUCUCACAAAGAAUGAGCUUAGCCCAGACUUUGAAUUCUAUCCUCCCGAGCAAAACUACCACACCCCACGUGUCUUACACUACGCAGCCUCACAGAACUCUGCGCCAUUAGUCCUGGGCAUUCUCACACGAGCUGGAGCGAACCCGCUGCUCAAGAACACAGAUGGAAAGACAGCCUUUGAACUUGCCGGAGACCGGCCUACGCGCGAUGCCUUUAGAGUGGCUCGAUCCGAGCUGAGCGAGGCUAAGUGGGAUUGGGACAGUGCCAAGGUGCCUCCGGCUAUGACAAAGAGCGAGGCCGAUCAACGCGACGAGCGAGAGAAGCAAGAAGCAGACAAGAAGGAAUCAGACAGGCGGAAAGCUGAGGAGGAGAGGCUUCGCGUUGAGGGGCCAAAGGUCUCUGAUACGAAGGCGAGAAACAAGAAUGCUAGUGUAGUGGCUUCUAUGAUUGCAAAGACACCUCAGGAGCGUAGAGAAGAGGAAGCUAGGGGGUUGACGCCUGAGAUGAAGAUGCGGCUGGAGAGAGAGAGGAGGGCGCGUGCAGCGGAAGAGAGGAUGAAGAGGCUACAGAGUGGUAAUUAG